UCUUCAGCAGGAAGUCGGAGCUGUGGUCGUCUCUCCGCCGGAUCUGUGAGCUGUCGGAGCCGCGAUGUCGUCAGUUCGGCACCUGAGAGAGUUUAUCACCGAGCGACUGACCGCUGCUGCCGAGGAGAUCUUCCUGGAGUUUGAAAAAACGAUCGUCCAGUACGAGGAAGUGAUCGACCGGCAGCAGAGGCUGCUGAGCAUCACCUGGAAACCCGAAACACAGCUUCACAAGACAGACGUCCCACAGCAGCAGGUCUGUGAGGAGGAGGAGGAGGAGGUUCUCCCUGAGCAGCAGCUCUGGAACCAGGAGAGGAGCUCCAGUGUGGAGGAACCAGAAGCUCCACAGAUUAAAGAGGAACAGGAGGAACUGUGCAGCAGUCAGGAGGGAGAGCAGCUGGGACUGAAGGAGGAGACGGAUACCUUCAUGGUGACUGCUGCUGAGGAAGGAGAGCACAGACCAAACAUGGAGCAGCUCCUCUGUCACAGCUCUGCUGUAGAUCAUGGAGAAAGCAGGAACGUUGAUUCAACUAGAAAAAAAGUGUUAGCACCAACGAGACAUUCUAGGAACAAAAGUCACAGUAACGGUGUCGACCCCCACAUGUCAGAGAUCCAGUGCAACACUGACACAGUGAAAAAGCUCGAAACAUGUGAUGUUUGUGGCAAAGCCUUUAAGAGAAGGUCCCGAAUGAAGGACCACUACAGGACGCACACAGGCGAGAAGCCUCAUUCUUGCAAAACGUGUGGAAAAAGCUUCACUCAGAGGAGCGCUUUGACCGUCCACAUGAGAAUCCACACAGGCGAGAGGCCGUAUCCCUGUAAGACCUGCGGGAAAAUGUUCACGUACAGUAGCAUUUUGUUGGCACACAUAAGAACUCAUACAGGUGAGAAGCCGUACCACUGUAAAAUAUGUGGGAAAGUGUUCACGUACAGCAGCCAUUUGUGGCGCCACAUGAAAAGUCACCCAGGUGAGAAGCCUCAUUCUUGCAAAACGUGUGGAAAAAGCUUCACUCAGAGGAGCGCUUUGACCGUCCACAUGAGAAUCCACACAGGCGAGAGGCCGUAUCCCUGUAAGACCUGCGGGAAAAUGUUCACCUACAGUAGCAUUUUGUUGGCACACAUAAGAACUCAUACAGGUGAGAAGCCGUACCACUGUAAAAUAUGUGGGAAAGUGUUCACGUACAGCAGCCAUUUGUGGCGCCACAUGAAAAGUCACCCAGGUGAGAAGACGUAGUUUUCAAAGUUUAUUAAAGGAAACUGUGAAAGUCAGGAAAUAUUAAGUGUUUGCUGUGUACGACUGGAUUACUGUCAACUACUGCUGAAUCACAGUGAGUGUAUGAGAGUAGAUGUUUAUGUGUAGCAGCACAGGAGAAAGAAGUAAUGCUUGUGUCAAACAGACAUUGAUGGUCCUCACAGAGCAGUUUUGAAAGGAGAAAAAUGAAGGAAGAGUUUUCACUCGUAGUUUUUGGGGUUGGCCUGCAGGGGGUGCUCAUGAGAAGGCAGCAGGGGAGGACUCAGCAUCUGGAUUCAUGUUUUUCUAACUAGUCUUGUACUGUUGUGUAGUUAGUGAAGUUAAUCACACCAGUUUAAUGUGAAGGCUGGGUUGCCAUGGUAACACCAGGAUACUUCACAGAUUUCGUGUGGACUUUCCCAGGGUGCAUCAGGAGCUUUUUAAUGAGAAGGUUGGAUUUUAAGUUCUGAACAAUACCUGAAGAGUUGACUGAAGGAACGAACCCUGAUCCGUGUUUGUGGGAUGAUCUGAGUGGGCUUUCUCCAUGACUACUCCAUCACGCUGGGUCAGGACUGGAUCGACAGCAUGUUCAGCGUCUUCGUCUGAAACUGGUUUAUGAUCAGAUUUUAAGAGCUUGAAUGAAAAUCAGUGAUGACUGGAGAAUGAUAAAGUUUAAGAAGCUGAAGGAUCCGGACUGAUGUGUGAUUAUCGUUCACCUAAACCAAACUACAGAUUCAAGAACUGCUUGGAAACAUGUUUCAGACUGAAAGCAGCUUCAGACUUCAUGAAGAAGCUCAGAGUUUGUUACAUGAGAUGUAGGGCUGCUCGAUUAUGGCAAAAAUGAU